UUGCUUGGACACAGCACAGCACAGACAAAUAGGCCGGUGGUUAGCUGGGGCUGGUGUGAGCCGUGACGGGAGGAGGCGUUGAAAAUGCGGUGGAGUCUUCCUUCAGCGGCAGCAGCUUUGGCCAUCACAUGUGCUUCGUGUGAAGCUUUCCAUGUGUUCCCAAGUAGCGGUAGCAGCCCAUGCAUACGAUCUGUCCCAGAGGCCAGCAGCAGCAGCAGCGGCAGCAGCAUGCCAACAACCGAGGUCGAUGGUCCCACGAAGACCAGUUAUCCUGGACCUGUGAUACCUAGAGUAGGUGGGGCGAUGCCAGAGCAGCGGCCGGGAUGGUUCAGGGUGCCUGCCCCUGGGGGUAAACAUUCCAAGUACGAAGAGCUCAAGUCCUCGCUGAAAGAGCUCAACCUGCACACCGUGUGCGAAGAGGCCCAGUGCCCCAACAUCGGGGAAUGCUGGAACGGGGGCACGGGCACCAUCAUGCUGCUGGGGGACACUUGCACACGGGGUUGCAAGUUUUGCGCGGUUAAGACGUCGCAGAAACCGCCGGAGCCGGACCCGUUUGAGCCAUUCCACACAGCAGAGGCGAUCUCCAGGUGGGGAAUCAACUAUGUCGUGCUGACCUCGGUAGAUCGUGAUGACCUUGAGGACGGCGGGGCUAACCACUUCGCUACCACGGUUGAGCUCAUCAAAACCGCGAAGUCGGACAUGCUGGUAGAGUGCCUGGUCAGCGACUUCAGAGGGGACUACGCGGCCGUCGAUAGGCUAGCGACGUCCGGCCUGGACGUGUACGCGCACAACAUCGAGACGGUCAGACGGUUACAGCCCUACGUCCGCGACAAGAGGGCGGGCUAUGACCAGUCUUUGUCUGUGCUCCGUAGGGCCAAGAUUGCCGGGGAAGCUACGGGGGUGUACACCAAGACUUCCCUCAUGCUGGGGCUAGGAGAGACGGAGGAGGAGAUAUUGGAGACCAUGCGAGAUCUCCGGGAAGCCGGUGUUGACGUGCUGACGCUGGGCCAAUACUUGCGACCAACGGACCACCACCUGGCGGUUGUUGACUACGUUACGCCCGAGAAGUUCGACCAGUACGCACGGCAAGGGGACGCGCUAGGCUUUAGUUACGUUGCCAGCGGACCGAUGGUGCGCUCGUCCUACAAGGCUGGCGAGUUUUUCAUGGAGAACAUGAUCCGCCGAGGUCGACAAGGGGAAGAUGCCGUGGCAGCUGCAAUGGCGGUUGCCUCAGCGAUGGAUCCGAAUGCCCGCUAGCGUUUUGUAGUGAAGAGGUUUUGGUUUUGGUUUGCAGCGUAAGAGUGGGGAGAGUGGCGGGACACUCAAGUCAUGUCGAUCGUAUAGAGUGGAGGAAACGUUUACAUGGUUUUGGCGAGAAGGGUGGGGCGCAACGAAGAGCUGUUCGAUCACACCGUGCGUUGCUCGAUAUUGCGACAUGUGAUAAAAAAUUGUGCAAGUUGAGUCACGAAACCUUCGCUUUGUCGCGGCGAUGGCCGACAUUGUCAGAGCGACGAAGCGCCGGAGCUGCACUUACCAAGGUCCAUGUAAUUUCACGAAGUCAAGUUGAUGACGUGCUGAUUCC